UGCACUGAGACAAGACAAGGAACAACAUGAUAAAGGAGUCACUGGGAGUGUGGACUGGGACAGUGACAGUGUAACCCUUAUCUUUCCAUCUCCAGUUCAGUGUAAUGAAGUGAUUAGUAAUAUUAAUAAUAAUCAUAAGGUGAUUUACCUCCACUACUCAUCUACUAAUAGUACAGUAUCUCUACUAUCAUCAACUAAACUGCAUACACUAAACCUGAGGAGACUUGAGAUGUGGUGCACUCCAUUAACUAAUGAUUGUAUCCAGUACUUGUGUAUACUACUAACUAAUAAUAAAAUAAUACAAGAACUAGUCAUCAGUGUCCACUCCAUUAGUGAUAGAGGAGUUAUUAAUAUCUGUCAAGCACUUGAACACAACUCUACACUUACCUCAUUAGGUCUUUCUAAUAAUCCUCUCAUCACUUCUACUAGUGGACAGGCUCUUUCUCACCUCCUCCUCAAUAACUCAUCACUAGAUAAACUGAAUCUAAGAAAGACUUCAUUGUCUACUGAGUCAAUACUACUCAUCCUCCAGUCACUAAUGGAUAAUAAGAAGAUAAGGAGACUCAUGCUAGACAAGCGACACAAAGAGACUUGUAUUAAUACUUAUCCUAACUAUCACCUCAUACAAGACAGAGCAGACUGGACCAGUGACUGGUAAUAUAAUCACUCUUCAUGUACUUGUAUGUGCCACAAGGUUUAUAUUACAUGUAUAUUUUAGUUGUAUUGUUUUAUUUGAUUUUAAAAUACCAACAAUUAGCAUGCACAUGUUCAUUGACAUGGAGACAGUAAA